AACCUUCGCUGGGUGUAAAAAUAAGGACACUUUGAUGACGACACAAGGUCGCGACGUCUCCGUGUGAAGAUUCGCCACUUCAAAGACGCCGCGAAGACAUAAAAGCCGCGCGUGUGCUUCCCGUGUCAGGCUGUUGGGGAGGUAAGAGCGGGACUCUGUCCCAAUCAACGCGCGAUAAUGACGUCGUUAGAAGGCGGUGUGUCGCCAGGGACCCGGCCCAGAUCCGGACAUGUGGGACCGCAGCCCCCGUGCCAGGCCGCGCUGCGGGUAGUUAAAAGCGUCUACUGGUGAUACACCUGCGCCAAAGCUACCAGGACUUUCGAGAGAAGAAGGAACAUCGGCUAUCUGUUGGAGAGUGCAUCUCGUCAUUUGUUCUCAGGUAGUUAAAAGCUGUCUAUCCAUCCACCUGCUCCAAAGCUACCAGGACUUCUCAGAGACGAAGGAACAUCGGCUGUCUCUUCGGUAAGGAUGCUGCUGUUACAAGUACUACUCCUCGGCUGCGUGGCGCUCCACCUUUCCGAGAGCAGCCCGGUCCAAACGCUGUACGAACCGCCCUUCCUGUCGUCUGAUCACCAUGGUAACGACAUCAGCGGCGCAGACGACACUUUCGCCGCCGACUUCGGUCAGUCGACGACCGAGCCCGACGACUUGGGCAUCGGGUUCCAGACGAGAGGCUUCGGGAAGAAGGAGGCCUGGGCGCCGUACGCGCACGCCUUAUCCGCCCGGGGGUUCGGCAACAAGCGUGGCAUGGGGAACAAGCGGGGCUUCGGGAACAAACGGGCGGCUGAGGACGAGCGGUACGCCGCAGUGCAGGAGUUGGUAGAGCGGCUACGUCACCAGGCGGAGAGGGAAGGGUUGGCGGACCUGAUGAGAUACGGCAGCCAGGCGGAAGGAGGGGACGAAGCUGACGUGACCGACGCCAAGCGCGGGUUCGGGAACAAGCGAGCGUCGGUGCGUCACAGAGGGGAGGACGUCGUGUUCUGGUGGCCGCGGCCGCAGCAGGCGUGACGGGCUCGUUCUCAUAGCGCGCCUGGCCCGUUACACGUCACAGCUGGACCUGGCUCGCUACACAUCCGACUUCAUUAGCAUAUUCAUGACGUCACUUCCUCUGCGUCAGCCGACGGUGGCGUUUGGGACACUUCUAAUUAGAACGUUGGGGAAAAGGGAACACUCUUGUGAGAUCCAUUCUAAAAAUAAAGCAAUGAAGGAAUUUUAUAUAAGCCGAAUUCCUACAAAAAGGCAAUAGGGACAAGGCAACGCAGGACUCAUUUGGAACUUUGUCAAUCUAAUUCUAAACCCAAUUAGAAGUCAGAAGAGUUGUUUGCCAUAUGGUUGUCAUGUUGAACAAGAAAAACUUCAAUGUACAAACUAUUUCGUCUUGCUGUAUUAUAGGGGGCAACAGCAAACUUGUGUUACACCUUCACUAGAGUGGCGAAGGGUAUUGAAAUCAUGUUUAUAUUCACAAUUACAACAGCAUCGUUCAACCCUGGCAAAGGAACUAUGACAUUCAUUGAAACAUCUUUGCCCUUACAAAGCAUUUGCGGGUCUGGGAAGAAACAAUAGUAAAUCCAAGAUAACCUAACAAAGAAACCAAUAAACAAAAGAUGGAAAACAA